AAAAAUGUACUGUUAUAUUCCUGAUAAAGUUCUGCAUAUACAUAUAUGUCAACACUACAUUGCUGUCAAAAAGAAAAUCCCUUUAUCUAUGUAGCUCCAGUAAAUUUUCAGUUUUGCAAUAACAAAAUAGACAAGCUACAAUACUAGUGUAUCAUAUAAGAGAUUAUUCAGUACCAGUUCCUGUAUCAUCAUGGUGCUCCAAGAUCUUUUAAACCUCCAAGGGAGCAGCAUAACCAAUGAUCAAUGAAAAUGCACGUGCAUGUGAGGCACAUAAUAUGAGUAUGAGGGCCACAGGUCGUCUAAGAGUUUUGGCCAUCUGCAUAAACAUACCAAGAACAUUUGAAUCAGAGCAUAGCCAUGGUUAAUCAAAGAAAUGUAGAAGAUGAUAACUGCAUGGUUUGUCCAUCCGCCGUGGGAAUGGUACUUUUCUUCAGGGGUCCUGGAACCUGUUUCAGCCCUAGUCCUGUCUGGGUCGGAUACAAAGCAGCCCAAACUACAUCCUGUCCGGCUUUCCAUUUCACCAAACGGUGUCGUUGUACGCCUUCUUCCCUCAUAAACAAAUACACACUCUCUCUCUCUUAUUUUGUCUUCUCAAAAAUUUCAAGUUUCUUUUUUUUUUGGUUUGUCUUUAAGUAUUAUUGAAUUUUUUUUUAAUUUAAGAUUGAAUUUUAAUCAAACCCUGGAUUUUUUCAACAGAAGAAUUUGAUGCUUUGACACCAUGAAAGAAGAUCAAAGCUCACUUCUCCUCAAAACCUCCUCUCUCUUCCCUCCUCCCCAAGGAGUGAAGCUAUCAUAUGGGACAGCAGGGUUCAGGGCAGAUGCAUCAAUCCUUAAAUCAACAGUUUACAGAGUUGGGAUAUUGGCUGCUUUAAGAUCAGUCAAAACUCAAUCAGUGGUUGGAUUGAUGAUUGCUGCUUCACACAAUAAAGUUACUGACAAUGGAGGAAAGAUUGUUGACCCAAGUGGUGGAAUGCUCUCUCAAGAAUGGGAACCUUUUGCUGAUCAACUUGCUAAUGCCCAAACUCCUGAAACUCUCCUCUCACUCAUAACUGAAUUUGUAAAGAAGGAAAAAAUCCCAUUAGAUGGAGUGCAAUCUGCGGAGAUAUUGUUGGGAAGAGACACACGGCCUAGUGGAGAAUCUCUUCUGGAAGCUGCAAAGCAGGGGAUAAGUUCAAUUUUUGGAGCUAUUGCACUUAAUUUGGGAAUUUUAACAACCCCACAGCUGCAUUGGAUGGUUCGUGCUAGGAAUAAAGGCAUGAAAGCUACAGAACCUGUCUACUUUGAACAGAUUUCAAGCUCUUUCAGGUGCUUGGUGGACUUGAUCCCAAAUAAAAGUAAAAGCAAAAAGACGGAUAAUACAGUGGUAGUUGAUGGGGCUGAUGGCGUGGGUGGAGAGAAACUUUAAGUUUUGAAAAACAUGUUGACUUGUUUGGUUACUGAGGUUCGUAAUUCUGGUAAAGGUGGAGGUCUACUGAAUGAUGGGGUUGGUGCUGAUUAUGUACAGAAAGAGAAGGUUGUUCCACGUGGAUUUGGUUCCAAUGAUGUCGGCAUAAGGUGUGCAAGUUUGGAUGGAGAUGCUGAUCGCCUUGUAUAUUUUUUGCUGCCAACUAAUGUUAGCAGCAAAAUUGAUCUUGUUGACGGGGACAAAAUAUUAACUUUGUUUGCUUUAUUCAUCAAGAAGCAACUAAUCAUUCUGACCAAGGGGGAUGAAAAAUCAAAUAACAAUUUUCAAGCUCGUCUUGGUGUGGUACAGACAGCUUAUGCAAAUGGAGCAUCCACUGAUUACCUAAAACAGUUGGGUUUAGAAGUAAUUUUUACUCCUACAGGGGUGAAGCACUUACAUGAGAAAGCUGCUCAGUUUGAUAUUGGAAUCUAUUUUGAGGCCAAUGGUCAUGGCACUAUCUUGUUCUCAGAAUCUUGCUUAUCUUGGUUAGACGCUAGGAAUAAUGAGCUAGCUUUGGUGUCUGAAGUAUCCGAACAGCAGAAAGCUGCUUCAAGACUACUGUCAGUCAGUAAUUUGAUUAACCAAGCUGUUGGAGAUUCUUUGAGUUGCUUGCUUUUGGUUGAGGUUAUUUUGCAACAUAUGGGUUGGUCAAUACAUAAAUGGAAUGAACUUUACCAGGAUUUACAUAGUCGACAGCUUAAGGUGAAAGUUGUAGACAGAAGAGCUGUUGUCAAAACAAACGCAGAAACUGUGGCUGUGAGGCCCGCUGGCUUUCAAGAAGCCAUUGAUGCUGAAACUGCAAAGUACCCUAAAGGCCGGUGUUUCAUACGACCAUCUAGUACAGAGGAUGUCAUUCGUGUUUAUGCAGAGGCAUCCACACAAGAAGCUGCAGACAGCUUGGCCAACUCUGUUGCAAAACUUGUUGAUCAGUUUCUAGGAUUUGGCAGCUCUGGACAGUAGCUGCCCAAACUUUUUUAUAAUGUAACAGAAGUCUCAAGAUGUCAAACUGGUGGUUCUAGUUUAACCAACUUAAGUUGCAGAGUUCAUGAUUCAGUAUAGAGAGUUAUUGUCCAAAUUUCGGAUUCCCUUUUCCAUUCAGCAUAUAUAUAUAUAUAUAUAUAUAUAUAUUAUGGGAGGGAUUAACUUACAUUAUUGUAAAGCUAAAAAGUUUUAUAUCUUUUUUAA